UAGACAAACGUACUUACUUAAAAUAGUAUGCAAAGGAUAACAUAAUCUAAUUAUAUAUAUAUAUUUUAAUCGCAUAGUUUUCCCCCCAAAAUUUAUUAAUAUUUUCUCCUCAUCCAAUUUCCGCUUAUAAAUACGUACGCUAGAUCUUAUGCAUUUCCAACAUAACCAACACCACAAUCACAAGCCAUCAUUAGCGCCAUGACAUCUCUGAAUCUCCACUGCACCGCCGCCGCCACUUCCUCCGCCCAUCCUCACCCCCCUUCCCACCGCCUCUCCGCCAAGCCCUCCCAUUUCCUCAGCCAUGCAAAGCGCAGCAACCGCCUCCAAAUCUCUUGCCAAAAUAAGAAAGAAGCCGACAAUCCCCAAGGAAGGGUCGACAGGAGGAACAUGCUCGUCGGCCUCUACGGGGCCGCCAACCUGAUCGUGGCGGAGCCUGCCUCCGCCAACCCUAUCCAGGCGCCGCAGCUCGACAAAUGCGGCGUCGCCACCAACUUAAACACCGGGAAACAGCUGGACAUGAACUGCUGCCCACCGAUGUCUGACAACAUUAUUGACUACAAGCUCCCGCCGGUGUUCCACAUAAAAAGCCGUCCGUCAGCUCACCGAGUCUCGCCGGAAUACAUUAGGAAGUACAACAUGGCGAUGGACCGCAUGAAGCGUCUCCCCAAAGACGAUCCCCGAAGCUUCAUGCAGCAAGCCAACAUCCACUGCGCUUACUGCAACGGCGCCUACGACCAACCCGGCCAAGGAUCCCUCGAUCUCCAGGUUCACAACUCAUGGCUUUUCUUCCCUUUCCACAGAUGGUAUUUAUAUUUCCACGAGAGAAUCCUCGGCAAAUUGAUCGGCGAUCCCACCUUCGCGCUGCCGUUCUGGAACUGGGACAACCCUAAGGGGAUGACCAUCCCGCCGAUGUUCACCGACACGAACGCCGCGAUCUACAAUGAGAAGCGCAACCCGGCGUGCGCGCCGCCGGCAGUGCUGGAUCUAGGCAUGACCCGGAAUCCAGACCCGCUCCAGGUGGUCGCGAACAACCUCACCAUAAUGUAUUCGGAGAUGGUCCGUGGAAACUCCGACGUCUACGACUUCAUGGGGAAACCCUACCGCGAAGGGACCCCGGUGAACCCGGGUCCUGGCGCAUCGGAGCGAGGGUCCCACACCGCGGUCCACGUAUGGGUGGGGGACCCCCGCCAGCCGAGCGGGGAGGAUUUAGGGAACUUUUACUCCGCGGGGAGGGACCCACUCUUCUACUGCCACCACGCCAACGUGGACAGGAUGUGGACUCUGUGGCAAUCUUUCCUCCCGAGCAACAAAAUCGCCGAUAAGAAGAUUCUGGACGCCGACUUCCUCAACACCUCCUUCUUAUUCUACGACGAGGACGCGCAUCUCGUCCGCGUCACAGUCAAAGACUGCAUGGACAACCUAAAGAUGGGGUACAAAUUUGAGAGGAUCGAUCUGCCGUGGCUUGACUACCGGCCGCCGCCGCAGACGGCGAGGGCUAGGGUUAAUAAAAUGAGCGCGGGCACGGCGAGUGCGGAGACCGUCUUCCCGCUGACGCUGGAUCGGGUCGUCAGAGUGGAGGUGCCGAAGGCGAAGAGGGGGAAGGCCGACGAGGUGCUGCUGAUCGAGAACAUAACGGUGGAUACAACCAAGUUUUUGAAGUUUGAUGUGUUUGUGAAUGACGAGGAUGAUAAUUUGGGAGAGCUGGACAAGGCGGCCUAUGCCGGGACCUACGCGCAGGUGCCGCACAAGACUGGCGGCGGAAGCGCGACGACGUCGAUCAGGUUGAAGCUGACGGAGGUGUACGAGGACAUGGACGUCGCUGACGAUGACACGGUGGUGGUGACGCUGGUGCCGAGGCAUAAAGGCGAGGGUGUCACCAUUGGUGGAAUCAAGAUCAUUGAGAAUCCUACUCCUUCUCCACCCCGAAGAUCUUGAUCGAUACAUAUGAAAUUGCCCUACGCUAGCAUUUCUCCAUUUUGAAACUUUUCUUUUCAAUCUCUUGCUUCUGCAUUGAUUUGCCACUUUUGGUAUCUUUGAUUUGCUAUAAGA